GGGCAGGACUGAAGCCUGGGAUCUAUGAGCCGAAAGUGGCGUCAGGCGGCUGAUCGCUGGAUUUUAUUGUUUUCUGUUGUCGGUAGAAGCGGCUCGCGGAGCCCUGGGAUUCGCUCUGGGCUUGUGCUUGGGGUGGGCUGGGAGCGGUCAGUGCGGGCACACAGACCUCCCCUCCCCACAAGGGACCGAAGCGAACUAGCUCGACACCGCGGGGAAGAUUUCGGGUGAAGCCAGGGAUGAGGUGAGGGUCGGGCUGGGCCCCCCAACCCCCGACACUCGGCUUUGGCCCGAUGGCUGCGGUGAAUUAUUCUCCUCCCUGGUGGGUAACCCUCCUGCACCGUCUCCCCCACAUCAGCAUCCAACUGGAGACGGUCAGUAGCGAGUUCCAGCCCGAAGACAGUCAGUAUCAGGAGUCACUGUUGCUGUUGGGUGGAGUUGCCCUUGUCUGCCUUUCCCUCAACCUCCUCUUUCUUCUGUUCUAUUCCUUUUGGCUGUGUUGUCGAAGGAAGAGUGAAGAUCAGCCAAACGCAGACUGCUGCUGUACAGCAUGGUGCGUCAUCAUUGCAACACUUGUAUGCAGUGCGGGAAUAGCUGUUGGCUUCUAUGGUAAUGGUGAAACCAGUGAUGGAAUUUUCAGACUUGCCUACUCAAUGAGACAUGCAAACCGCACUAUUACAGGAAUUGAUUACCUAGUUUCUGAGAGUACUCAAGAUCUGAAUCGGACCAUAGAUGGAAGCCUUCGCACCUUGGAGGAUUUGUUUACAAAGGAACCACGGUACCUAGAGAGAGUGCAGAAGUCGAAAAGUCUGCUUGGAGACCUUGUUAGACAGCUAACUGGAAUUCCAUUUUGGGAGAAGAAUGCCAUUUCUCUGGAAGACCUAGCCAUCUUUGUUGAGUUGUACGACUAUUACAGGUGGUUGGGGUAUCUUGGCCUGCUACUUUUUGACGUUCUUAUCUGUCUGCUGGUGCUGUUUGGCCUAAUCCGAAACUCAAAGGGAAUCCUCAUUUGUGCGGCUCUGCUGGGAGUGCUGACUUUGAUUAUCAGCUGGAGUUCACUUGGUCUGGAACUGGCAGUGUCAGUGGGUUCUAGUGACUUCUGUGUGUCUCCUGAAGCAUAUAUCUCCAAAAUGGCAGAUAAACAUGGUCUUAUUGCUAAAGAAGUCUUAAAUUACUACCUGGUAUGCAACAUUGGAUACCCAAACCCUUUUCAACAGAAGCUCUCUAGCAGCCAUAAAGCCCUAGUGGAGAUACAGGACCACAUAUCGGAGCUUCUAAAAUCAGCUGUACGCGAGUUUCCAUCCUCUCGUGAGUACCUGGACCAGACUCAAAUAGUGUUGAAUUCAACAGAGACCACCCUGCAGCAGCUGACAGCUUUGGUCGAUUGCCGUAGUCUUCACAUGGAUUAUGUGCAGGCUCUGACAGGACUAUGCUAUGAUGGUGUGGAGGGUCUAAUUUAUUUGGUUUUAUUCUCCUUUGUAACUGCACUGAUGCUGAGUUCUAUUGUCUGCAGUGUUCCGCAUACCUGGAAGCAGAGCAAGAGUAGUCAUGGUGAUGAUGAUGGAGAUGAGGAUAUUGUGAGCCCACAAGGAAACCGCCAACAGCAUGACAACCUGUACAGAGUUCACAUGCCUAGCCUGUACAGCUGUGGGAGUAGCUUUGGUAGUGAGACCAGUAUUCCUGCUGCAGCACAUACAGUCAGCAAUGCUCCUGUUACAGAAUACAUGAGCCAGAACACAACUUACCAGAAUCCCCGCUGUGAGAACACACCUCUGAUUGGCAGAGAAUCUCCUCCUCCCUCUCUGUAUUUGGCUGCUCUGGACAAUGGUAGCCAUCUGAGCUGGCAGCCAAAGAACCGCAACAAUGUGAGAACGAACUCUUACUGGUAAAGGAGGCAGCAAACCAGAACAGUACUCGAACAGCAUGAGAGCCAAAUACCUCGCCACAAAUAGGCCUGAAACCAACAGCAUCCACUAAGACUUGAGGAGAAAAGGAAAAAACUGGAACUUCUGCAUGUCCAAUGCCACUAAUACAGUUAUACUAACUUAAUGAGAACAGCACUAUUCUAUCAGUUGUACAGCAAAAGUAGAUUAGUGGUUACUAAGAAUGAAUAAUUUUGCCAAACUAAAUUUUGGUAAGAAUGCAUCGGAGAUGUGUGCCAUCAGAUUUGUAGAUGCUGCACAACCUUAUCAGUCCCAAUAUCGCAUUUUACAUCAUUCCAGUUUGCUUCAAUUUUAAGUGUUCUCAUUUCUACAUUGCAGCAGGGAUGCCAGGAUAUGUAGGUGCACCCGUCUAUCACCAUGAACAAAACCACAAUAAAAUGUGUCAGGUUGUUUUCACAUUGUAAUAAUUGUAAAGUGCACCAAAUCGCUGUAGAUCAAUAAACUAUAAUUCAGAACAAGGCAAUGUUUGUAUUUAUCUGGAUGAGUUCACAAGAGGGUAUGCCAACAUAUUAUCCAAGGACAGUGAUGAUACUAAUUGUUUAUGUUUGCCAAAAGCACAAAGUAUUGUGGCAUUCCUAAGAUUUUGAGAAACAGAGAAAUAUGGAGAGACAUUACAGAAUUCAUGGUGAAGCCUGUGGUCUUUUAAGUUUGAUGUGGUUGUAACAUUACUUUUAACCACUUUUAAUUGAAUAUAAAGGGGGUGAUACCUGUGAAGAGAGUAUAUAUUGCCACAGAAAUUUGUGUAAAAUAUUCGGAAAAUGCACUAAAUCACCUCUGAAAGCCAGCAAAUGUAGGUCACUGAUCAAUGAUCAAUAAUCAACAUAGUUAAUCUAAUUUUUGUUAUCAUUGAAAAUGCAUGUCUUCAGGAUUAGAAACUGCUUCUAAAUCUUUGCAAAAAAAAUCACAUCAGAAAAUUUUCAGCCCUGGCGAGUACAUGUUUUCAGUAUUGAUGAGUAUUUUAAUCUGUUGCACAUAAGAUCCUUCCAGUACUUUUUUUUUCUAUUUUGAUUUUUUUUAUUGUAUUGCAGUAGACACAAUACCUGUAGUUUAGCUACCAUUUUGUUAUAGUUGUAUUUAAGGUGCAAUUUCAUGUGCUUUUUGUGUGCACAGGCAUUUUUAUAUAUCAGUGUACCUGAUUUUAAUUGGCUCAGAGUUGUACAUUGCUGGAAACAAUAUCAAUGCAUCUAAUCACAUGAGGAUGAAGCACCCUUGCAGAUUAUAGAAUUGCUGUAUUUUCAUCCGUCUCAGUUGUGUGGAAUAUUACAAAGUUUCAGUAGUACUGUAUGAUAACAAGAAUGGAAUUAUUUACUUUUACUGGAUAAAUUAUCACAUUUAAAACUUCUUCCCUGUUAGUUAUUGCAGUCUUGGGGAAAAAGAGCAAUCACAAGCCUGAAUCGUGACAAUCCACCGUUCAGUGAUUCUGCUGAUGUUUAACGAUGGUGCUGUUUAACAAUCUAAUCAGCUGCUUAGAGAACACAGUGUGACAGUUCUGUCGUUCAUAUUCAGAAUGAAACAUUCCAAUUUUGACUUUAGAUGAUUUUAUGUAGUGCCGAUAGGAUAUUUGAAAUUAAAUGCUCAAAUUUUAGCGAAGAACUCCAACUUCUGGAAGAUUCUUUCAGAAAAAUAAAUCACUUUCUACUUCAAUGUUCUUGACAGCUGAGCAAUAACAUGUCAUAGAUUCCACUUAAAUCUGAAUGAAACAUUCCAAAUAUCUAACCCCUCAAUUAGGUUCAUGUUUAAUAUGUUAUUGUGCAAAGUAUUCAAAAUGAGAAUUAAUGUUAUGUUACCUACAGCAGCAAGAACAUUUGGCUUUUCUCCUAACAUCUCAAUAUUAAAUCUAAACAGUAAUCUAUACUUGGAGGUUAUAGAGCUACUGUUAGCUUUCCAGAAUCUCGUGAAUUCAAUUCUGAGGGAAAAAUAACAAAUUAGGAAUAUUUGCUGUGUUGGCUGGAAUGAAUAACAUGAAUGCUGAUAUUUUAAAAUUUUUUGGAAAGAAUUGUUCCUAUAACUUGUAAAAAGUAAACCAUGUUUAACCAUUUGGUGCCCCGUUCUGUUACUUGUGUUUUUUGUUUGCAGUCUCAAUCAUGUUAACCAUAGAGAAGCAUUUCUGUUGUAGAUGUGACAUUUUGAAUGAUUUGUUCUCCACAAAAGUGAAAUCUGGAAUUGAAAUUCAUGAAACAAAUUGUCCAAGUUAUUGAAGUACAUAUAUCAGUUUUCACUGCUGUACAAUCUCAUGUUUUACAUAUUUUUCUGCUUUGGUUUCCACAGCUUUCCCUUCAGUUCUAUGAUGAGGCAUCGUUUUGCCCAGCUAUCACCAACCAUUGUAGUUCUAAAUAGGUCUCUACCUUGUAGUCUGAUUCAGCAAACUGAAUAGUUAUGCACAAACAUUUGCCAUUAGACUGAUACUUGUCCUGAAUUAGAGUGGCACACUCUCAAAUUGUGCUUCAAAAAGUAAACUGAGCCACAUCCUGCAGCAGCAAGAUAUAGCUCUUCACUUACGAAAGCAAUGUCUAAAUUUUGCUGCACAUAACAACAAAACUCACAUGAAAUAUACUAGGUGUAUAUUACUUGCAAGUCGGAGAAGGGAAGUAUGAAGAAUAAGCUUGAAUUCAGUGUACUACUGUGUUGCUGAUGGGAUUUAUAAAGUAAUCUUUUUGUUUUGGAAAUUUUAUCCAUUGAGCGACAAACUGGACGGGUUCUCCACUUCAUUCGGCUGUCGCUGAGCCUGCCUUGUCCUCUGCAGGAUAAUCAAGAGAAGAUUGAUGUAUUCACUUGCAAGUAUGCACUUGUUCUUGUCCGUUUUCAGAAGCACAAUCUCGCUUUAAUUCCGUGACACACAGGUUUCCACAAUUUAUAUUUUUACACCUUGGAAAGCACAUACCAACCAUGCAACCUUGAAAAUGUGAAUGCUGGAGUCACUAGGGUAUAAAAAUUGACCAUCAACCUGGAUCUUGUGGUGAUUGUAAGAUAUUUGCUGUGAAUUUCCUAAGCAUUGCAGGUUUAAACUUGUCGUGCUAUACUCUUUAUGUAGUACUUAAUGUGUAUUCCUGCUAGCAUGGGGACUCGAGUACUAAUCGAUGUUUGAAUUUUUGACCAGCAUUUCAUUUUGCCAAAUUCAAUUUCAAAUGAACAAGUUAAUUUGUGACCAGGGCUAAUUGAAAUUUUGAAUAGAAUUCAUAAGACUUGUGGCUGGUUGCCCUGCAUUGAAAUAUAUUUUCUCACCAACUAACUGUUCAAAAGGUGAGUGUAAAAUAAUAGGUUUGCCAAUAAAAGGAUCUCUUUUCAAAAGGCCUUAAGGUUAACUGCUGACAGGAGAUUGGAAUUGGUGUAGCCAAAGAUGUCUUGGGCUAUUUGAUAUAGUCUUUGUUUUUAUGAGGUUGCAGAGUGACAUGAUGUGCCUUUUUAUUGGGUGGUAUUUUGUUCACUAGCUACAUUGAAUGUGAGACCUGCCAUUACAGCAAUGAUGGAAUUGAAGCAUUUAGUACAAAGUGAUGAUUGCACAAAACUGAUUUAUCGAGUAUUGAUAUUUAAGUUUAAUCCUAUGAGUUUUAUCCCAGAUGCAGCCACAGUUCAGCCUUGUUCCAAUUUCCCUACCCAGCGAUAAUCAUCAUGUUUACACUAAACUUCCUUUUCUAAAAAAAACAGGUUUUUUUGUUUAAAACAAGAUAUAGAUUAAUUUUGUUCCAAAAAAUUAUCUGGAACUUGCUUUCAAAUAUUGGUGAAUUACAUCUGAAAUGAUUGCAAAACGCUGGUGGAUGAAACGUAACAAUUUGAGUCCUGUAUAAUCUGUUUAGUUACAUUGUGAAUCAGAGUUACUCUGUCGUAUUAGUGUGACAAUCCUUAAACAUUUUAAUAGAAAUUUUAUCAUUUGUAGGAAGGUAUAUCCAUGAAUGAAUAUCUCUUGCACGAACAAUGGGCAUUGAUUGGUGAAAUGUAAUUUGCCUCUUAAUGCAAUUUUUUAACCAUUUCAAACUAUUUGUUGUGUAACAUACGGCUUCAAUUUUUACUUGAUACGUGACUUAAAACCAGUAAUUGUAGUAUUUAGUCCUAGUGUAGUUUUGUGGAGCCUGUUUUUAAAACAGCAUUUUCAUUUGAUUAAGAAAAAUGAUUGAAUGAUCCUGUGUACUAUUGCUCUUUUUAUUAUUUUUGCUAAAAUUGCUCCAGCUCUUAAUAGAUUUAUAACAUUUUAAAAAUGAUUUUUUUUCCCCAAUGAGUGAAAUGUUGUAAAUGUCAAACCUGUGGUUUUCAUGAGCUUGACCUCAAUGUUUUCAAAAUUAAAACUAAUAAAGUUUGUUGGACUUGCCA